GAGUGCGUAGCUUACAGUGCUAAAGAAAAUGGCGGCGUUUCCACCUUUGCCUCAGAUUGUUGGCAAACAUGGGGGAAUAUUUGAAGCGUAUUACAUGCAGGCUGACCCCAUGGGCACAGGUAGCAUUGGGGCACUGGAUGCCGCCAACUUCCUAAAAAGGUCAAAGUUGAGUGACACCAUUUUAUCACAGGUUUGGGACAUGUCAGAUCCUAUGGGUAAAGGCUACUUGGAAAAGACUGGAUUCUUUGUUGCACUAAAAUUGAUUGCUUUGGCACAAAGUAAACAGGAAAUGAAUAUAUCCAAACUUCUGGUUGAGACACCACCACCAGACCUGGGUCCUGUUGAGCCAGUAGAACCCUCAGCAGUAAUUGCUCUAAAUGCCAAUAUUCCAUGGGAUAUCUCAGUGUCUGAGAAAUCCAAAUAUGACAAAGUAUUUGAUAGUCUUAUACCUGUAAAUAAUAUGUUAGCAGGGGAAAAAGUCAAACCUGUGCUGAUGAACUCAAAGUUACCUGUAGAUAUUCUGGGUCGAAUAUGGGACAUGAGUGAUAUAGACAAAGAUGGUUUCCUAGAUAGGGAUGAGUUUGCAGUGGCAAUGCACCUUGUUUACCAAGCCCGUGAAGGUCAAGAAAUUCCAAAUUUAUUAAGACCAACCCUGGUUCCACCUUCCAAGCGGAAAGGAGCAGGAAUAGCUGGAGGAGCCCCUCCACUUCCUGGAGCAGUUCCCGUCUUGCCAGGCAUGGGCCCUGUGCCUGUAUCUGGUGUGGUUGGGACUAUGGGGAGAUCAACACCUACUCUUGGGAUUUCAGGGGCUUUUCCUCCAUGGGUAGUGACGCCAGCUGAAAAACUAGGCUCUGAUACGAUUUUCAACAAACUAGACACUGACCAUGAUGGGUUUGUUAAUGGUGCAGAGAUACGAGAUGUCUUAGCUCAAAGUGGUCUCUCCACUGCAGUCCUUGCUCACAUAUGGGGUCUGUGUGAUAGCCAGGGUAUAGGGAAACUGAAUCCAGAACAGUUUGCACUAGCCAUGCACCUGAUCCAACAGAAGCUUCAGGGUGUAGAGCCACCACCUCAGCUCUCUCCAGAGAUGAUACCACCUUCGCUGCGUUCCAUAGCUGACCCAGGUGCUUUUGGGGUCAGGGAUGGAACUAAUGCUGGUCCAUACAGUCACGUAGCUGAUUUUUCUGCAAUCAAAGAACUAGAUUUAAUCAGUAAAGAAAUCGACGAUAUUAAAAAUGCGUUUGUUAUGUUUAUAUCCAGGGAAAGACUAAAACUAGAGCGGGACAAGGCACAACAGGAGGCCGACAUUAAAAUUAGACACGGGGAGGUGCAGGUUUUACAGAAGGAAUUAGACUCUCUCAAUGCCACUUUAGCUCAACUUGAUGCUCAGAAGAAAGAAGCUCAAAAACGCUUAGAUGAAUUGGAUGAUAAGAGGUCAAACCUGGAGCGAAGUGUCCUAGAACUGAGAGAGAAAUCCAGCAGGGAAAACAUGGAGGUGAACAAAUUGAAAUCCCAGCUGCAUAAUAGAGAGCAGAUUAUAAAGGAUCAGGAAAAAGAACUGGAAAAGCUUAGAGCAGAACUUAUCCAACUUAGAGAUGAAGAAUCCAAACUAGAACAAACAGUGGAUUCAAGCAGACAGCAGUUAGACCUUUUGGCUAAAUCACAGAAUGACAUCAAUGAGGAAAUCUCAUUGACACGAAGACGUUUGCAACAACUUAUGGACCAAUACAAAGGUGUUGAUAUUUCUUCAGUCAAUUUUAUGAACCAAAAUGGUGAAAAUGCCAACAACAUUGACGCUGCUAGUAGUCGAGCAACAAUGGGUAGCCCUGUCAGUACUAUUAGUAAUUUUAGUGUUGGCUCUACCUUAGAUGACUUUAAAGAUGACCCCUUUAAAGGUCGUGACCCUUUUGGUGGAGGUGGGGCUGGGCCAGAUAGCCAAGAUGACCCUUUCCAGAAUGAUGACCCUUUCAGAGAUAGUGAUCCCUUCAAAGCUGCUGAUCCUUUUGGAGCUGAAGAUCCUUUCAAAGAUGCUUUUGGAUCUACAAAUACAAAUAAAGUGGAUCCUUUUGGCACAACGGCAGAUCCAUUCACUAAUGCCUCUGGUGCAUCAUCAGGAAAAAAGCCAGUCAGUGACAGUUUUGAUGCCUUUGGUUUAUCCUGGGGCUCAAAUGUAAAUAGUCCAGCUAAGUCUAGUCAGAUUUCCAACAGCUUCGGUGCAGAUCCUUUUGGUGACUCAUCUAAGCCGAGCACGUCUUCCAAAAAUAAAAAACCACCCCCACCCCGACCGGCCCCACCAAAGUCAAAAAGUCCACUUCCUUUUGGGUCAUCUUUAUCUGCUUCCCCCAAGCCCAAAGUGGAACCGUUUGGUGGUUUUGGCUCUGAUCCCUUUGGAGGUAGUGACCCUUUCGGUAGCGCGGUUACAAAUCAACCUGAUGGAAAUAGCACAGAUCUCUUUGCAAACUUUGCUGACUUUAGCCCUGGGAAGUUCUCUAGUCUAGAUGAAGAUGUCGCGUGGGGUGGUGGAGGUCCCUCUACCAUCACUGUUAAGAAUUCCACCCGCAAUGGACCGGUCCCAGCAAAGAGAAAUUUAGUAUUAAACAACAAUGCCAAAGAAGAAACAGAGGCGUAAACCUAUUCAUAGAGCGCUAAUUUAGUGAACAUUAUAUUUAUUUCAGUUAGAAUUUAUGAGAGGAAGUUUAUUGUGAAAUAUUUAAAUGAGAUGAAAUGUAUAUUGUACCAGUGGUUUUAUGGUUAAGGGGCUACUUUCAAAGUUUGUUAGAAUCUUUUUUUAAUACUCAGGUGUGCUAGACAUCCAGCCAUUUUUUUUAUCACACUUAUAUAAAAAAAAAUACCUUAAAUUGUAUGAGGUGGGAAGGGUUUUCCUUGUACAACGUACAAAGCAAUAUUGUCUGACCAUACUGCUAUUACUCUUGCAACCAGCAAACAACCCUUGCAAAUAUUUUGACAAAUGUAAUGAUAUUACAAUUUUAAAAUGUAGUUUUAAAAUGUUCUUAAGUUAUUCGCUCCAAUCAAAAACAAAAUGAUUCAGCUUUGAAGUUUAGACUUUGUCUAAUUUCUAAUAACUCUACUUACGAUGCGACACUACAAAGGUACAGUGGUUCAGAUUGUAACAGUUAACUAUCGGUACGUAAUAUUCAUUUCAUGCUUACUAACUCAAUUAUCUACAAAUUAUUUUCCUUUUCUCAAUAUCUAUCACAGCCAUAUAGCCCAAAUUAACUGAAAAAUAGCAGCUAAAUAUUCUGUUAGUAUCUAUCCACUGUCAUAUAGCCCUCAUUAACAAACAAAUGUCUACCAAAUAUUCUGCUAUUUUUAGUAUCCCAUUCAUACAGUAUAUUUACUUAAACAUUCUAUUCCUCUUAAUAUCUAGAUCACAAACACAAAUGCUAACUAAUUUAUUCAACCAAUUGCACAAAAUGUUACUAUCCCACCAGUAACUGAAGCAUUUGGUGUAUGUAAACACUGCUAAUAUACUUGCAGUGACCGCCAUUAUUGUGCGUGUGAAUGAAGUAGCAUUUUCAUUAGGUUAAUGUUGUGGCCUUUUGUUUUCAUGAUACUAUGCAAGAAUGAGUAUUGUAAUUUUUGCAACGAGGCUUGUGUUGCAUGGAGCUCUGUGGUCGAGAAAUGAAAUACCAACACCGUUUGUUAGACUCUGUGGUGAAUAAUUUUAUGUCAGUUGCAACGAAUUUCAGCUGAAUUUUUCCCAGAAGGAUUUAAAGUUAUAAGUGAUGGAUUAGACAACAAUCAGAUUGAUGUCAAUGAAUAUUUUUUACAUGUUUAAUAAUAUCAGUUCUGUGUUCAAAAGUAAUGCAAUAAGAUUAGGGCUUUUAUAUGAGUUGAAUUGUUAAGUGACUUGUGUAUUUAGUGAACUAGUGUGUCUUGUAUGCCGAUAAGGAAUUAACAAUGUCGCAGCCUGCUGUAUUUAGUCAGGACGGAAUUCUUUUUUUUUAAAUAUUUAUCUUGGUAUGAAAUAAAAUCACAUGGAUCCAUGAACUAAUGUAUUUUAUAUUAAAAACAACAUAAACCUGUAUUAUUAUUUUUUUUUGCUUAUAAUUAUGUUACAAAAAGAUUAACAUUUCACUGUUUAACUUAUUGUUGCUGUUUGUUUCAAUAGUAAAAAAAGAAAUAUAUAUCCAGGAAAUGUUCAUUUCACUUUUGCUAUGUAGAACUUAUUUUAGUUAAUCUAUUUGCAUUUGUGGAUAACAUGGUAUUUUUUUUUUUUUUUUAUGAAUGGAAUCCAUUAUAUGUAUUAAUGUCAGAAGAAAUUUCUCGAUCCAAAUGUUUCCCAAUGUGUAAUGCAUUGUUUUUGUAUUGUCCUGACAGCAUGUGUGAGUCAAUGUAUUUAAACUGCAACACUCCAUGACAUGGAAUCUAUUGAAAAAAUGGCUGCUCUUGUGUGAAGUAUUUAUUACAUACCCCCCAAAACAUGUCAUUGUUUUUGUUUGUCUUUAUAGGCAUGAUAGUUGCUAGAAUUGAAGGUUGUUUUUUAGAUCAACCUAGAUCUCAAUGUCUGUUAGUGUAGAUGUACUUAAACAUUGAACCCUGGUGUGAGGAUUUCUAAAUUUAGCUUUGUGUUUUAGCUUUCUGCCUGGUCAGCUAUGGAUGAUUUAGGUUCCAUAUGGCAUUGUGUAUUCCUCCUACAAUUUGUUGACUUUCACAAUUGUGUUGACAUUUUUUCAUGUUACUGUUUUUAUUCAUUUUUUUUUAUUUUUUUAAUCUACCCAGCUUUGAUUAGCACUCCAUGUUAUGCUCAGUUUAAAUAAUUGUAUUUAACUUUAAUAAUAUUAAAACUGUUUGAUCAGAGAAAAAAUAAUUGGAAAAAUAGUGUAUGUCUGUAGUUUUUCUUAGUUCUAACUGUUUAGAGAAUUAAUUAAAGAUUGGGGAGGGGGUGAAAGUUGUGUUAAAUUACAUCCUUGUACAUAUCAAAUUAGGGAUAGGUGUCAAGUCAGCUGUUAGAUUUUAAAUUCAGAUUCAAUUUACUUCGCCAUACAACUAAACAUAGUAUGGUAUGGUUGGGUGAUAGAGCCCUUGACUACUAGCCUAAAAGUCUCUGGCUUGGAUCUUGGACUCUGAGCCCACCCAGCUCUAACAGGUACCUGACUCACAUAAUGGAAAGUAAAGGCAAUUGAACAUAGUGCUGACCACACCAUCUGAUCAUUUUAUGCCAUGAUCAAGAAAAUUAUAGAACUAGACAUAGAUAUGUGAGGUCAAGUAGACGAGACAGGUUUAAAUAUAUCAAUCAAAAGAUAAAGAUAGUUAUUUAAUGAUAACUUAUCAGACUUGGUCUAACUAUGUCAGUAUGUUUGCUUGUGUUUAAAAACACAUAAGUGUGCCCUUUAUUUCAUUGAUAGAGAGGUUAUUUGCUCUGAUAAAAUAAAUUAAACCAGCAAUGGUGUAAUUAAAAUGGUGUUACUAA